GUGUUGUUCCAUUCAUCCUAACUUAUUGCUCGUGACCAACUGACAAGACGCGUUCCUCCUCAUUUUUUCAUUUCACAAAAUCAUCAGAUAUCGAAAUAGUCGACAUUACUCUUGCGAAUCUGUCGCUGCCACAGUGACCAAGAAUGUCGACCAGCUGGCGUUCGCCAUUUCCUAUCCUUCCUGCACCACAAACUACACCCGUCUCCACAAACCCCAAGUCGCUGAGACGGCCUAUUCACAACCCGUAUGAUAAAUUCACAAAACCGGAGUUUGACGAUUGGAUCGGUGGGAUUACGAGUGCUCUGCGCAGAGCACUCGGCGAGGAAACUCAAGAAGACGCUGACCUUGAUGAACACCGGUCACAAGAUGUUAACGCAGCUGCCGAGGAAACAUUCUCAGACCAGUCGUUCGAAGAUUCGUUUGCUGAUAUCCAGAGCAGACGCGCCAAAGGCAAGGCUAAAGACCCGCGAGAGGGCUCUGGCCUUGGUGCUCAGCAAAAUCCGAUUGAAUUGCUUUCCGACUCCGAGUCAGGCGCUGAAAGUGAGGAAGAAUACGAGGGAUUUUCUGCUAUUGAAGGAGAGGGCUUUGAUAUUGAGGAGGAAGGUGAAGGUCAUGACAGUCAUCCCGAAGCCGGGAACUGGACCAUAAAUCGCCGCCACAGCUUUGUUGAUCCUUUCGAGAACAACGAGGUGGAGGAAAUAUUAUCCAGGGAGGAGAGUCCGGACAUUAUUGAGAUAUGCUCGGAUGAGGAAGAAGAUACUCGAGCUCCUGCACAUGAAGCUGGAUUCAGUGGCAGGCAGUAUGCUCAGUCUUCGCAAUUGCCUCCUAAUGAGGUAGAGGACGAGUUAGGCCCCAAUGGUUCCGUCCUGUAUGAGCAAGAAGGCCAACUCGGUGCAGAAGAAAUCGAAGAUUUCCCUCCAUCUAUUGCGCAGCAUCAGCCUUCUCUGUCUCCGGAACUUCCUGAUCCAUGGCAAGGUACACGAACAUAUGCAGAAGAUUUCUACACUGGCGGCGAUUUCAAUGUGCAAGAUCAGCUGAACGACGUUUCCCCUUCUAGUCUUACUCCCGUGCAUGAUGCACACGUCCAUACAUUUAUCUCGAACAUAGUGCAGAAUGACGGGCCUCCUUCUGGGCUGCCCAGGACGGAACCUGCUGUAGUCAAUGUAGACACCGAUGAGGUACUCCCUGAUUCGAGCCCCCCUCCGUCAUCUCCUGUCGACGUUCGCUCCAGUCUUAGUCAUGUUGGUGAUUACCAGUUCUCGAAUGUGCGAGGGACCCAUGGGGAGCACGAAGAUCCCGAGAAUAUCCUUGACCAUUUAUAUCGAGACGCGGAGAGCCUGUCUCAAGACGAGCAUCAAAUGGGUUUCGCCUCAUCAUUUGAUGAAUUCCAUAGCGGAUCAAUGUCUGCUUCCCAAGCCUACUCCAAACCUACUGAACAUCUUGACUGGAAUUGGCCUCCCGCGUUCCCGCGGGGAAAGUUUGCUAGCCGCGCCGGACACCUCGAAACUUCUUCUCCCAGGUCGGGGGUUGACGACAUCGAAGAGGCGCAGGAUGAUGUCAUUGAUGUUGAUGCGGAACAUGUGGAAGAGGAUGGGAGCGAAGAAGCCCCAGAAGGUCCUCUUCCACUGGGAACCAGUGACCUUGGGUAUGGUGAUGAGAUUCAUCAGGACAAAGACGGUCAGAGUGAUGAUCAGAACGAAUUAGGCGUGGAAUUUGUCGAGGAAACCGAUAUUCAAGCUUCUGAAGCCGACGAGUUUCCGCUUUCGUUGAACUCUCAGCUGAAUGCUGAUGAACGUGCCGCAGUGGAGAGUUUCUUUGAUCUUCUCAAUAACGGGGGGUUACCUUCAGCAAACGUGACCGAACAAGUUGAGACUACGCUGGUUGACAUUAGCGGCAUGGUCACUGCUGAGUUUAUUGAUGGUAACGCGACAUUUCCGCCAGGUAUUGAGAAAGCUGGCGGUAUUAUGGUACCACCGGAGGUAUUAGAGCCUGGGGAUAGGGAAAUUCAGUCGCAGCAUCCAAAUGUUAUGGUAGAAUCAUCCACCUUAAUCGAACCGACCCCUGCCACGGAGAUCCGAAAUGGGUUCGAGAACGUAACCUUGGAGAAUGUCGAACAUCAUCCCUCCGCACUCGGUGACUCUCUCAAGGAACAACCUGACAAACCUAACGUCAAGCCCAUUUGUAUUGUUGUGGAGAUGGAAGCUACUGCUUCCAUUCCUCGUGGGGUGAGCGAAGGGAUUGAAGUAGCAUCUUAUGCCGGGGAUGUGUCUGAUCCCGAUGGCGAAUAUGUAGUUGAGGAGCCUCCUACUACAGAAGCAUCGGUGGAGCCGGAGGUCCAGGCCACUGGCCAAGUCAACGUGUUGGGGGAAACUGUUCCUGUCACAGCGAAACCUGCUUCUGCGGAACUAUCCUCAUCUGAUAAUCAUAAUAUUUCUGUCUUCCCAAUGCCCAUAUUUUGUGAUCCUUCCGUGUCAGAUCCUAUCAUCUCUUCUGGGACAAAGCAUCCACAACUAACUCCUCCAUGUUCGGCCAAACUUUCGGGAACCCCUCACAUCAUCAUCAGUCCGCACUCUACACCAGGCCAACCCACUCCAGUUUCAGUACCCGUCUCUACGUCAAUUUUGCAUACUUUCUCUCGUCGAGAAUCGCCAUCUGAAGGCAGCAGCGGUCCAAGUGGUCUUUUCACGCCUCGGGAGGGCGAACCAACUAGUGUGGAUACCGGUGAUAUUUUUGGCACACCUUCUCCCUCACAUACGGACGUACCGCCCCCGUCUUCUGACGAUGUCGUGGCCUCAGUCACGAGUGCUCUAGCAGAAGAGUCGCGAUCUGAAAUUGCCAUACCCGUGAUCGACGUUUCUGAUAACGUUACAGUCGUCGAACCAAGUCCAACCGAGACAUCUACUGGUAACGAGGAAGAUGAUAGAUCCGAACUCGUGGAAGUUCAGCAGCUUGGCGUAUUCCAUCCUUCGUCUGUCGAUGCUGAUGCAGAGAAUCGGACGGCACAACCACCAACGAAGCCCGCCGCUGGACACAGCUCAGUAACGGAGAACAUCACAGUAGCUUCGCUAGAACCUGAAGAAGUUCAGCAGACAGCCGGAAGCACUCCGCCGACAACAGACCGAACACCUGCAUCAGAUCAUGAUAACGCUGAAGAGGCUUCAGCAUCAGCUACUGAUGCUGAAGCUCCCCCCGCAGAGGUCCCCGAACCCGCGGACUCCCCCUUACCCAGUCCUCUGUCAGAACAAGAACCCUUGCCAUCGCUGGCACCUGGCCGUCUGGUCUCACCACAAUUUGUUCGUGAACCUGGUCAAGACAACAGCCAGGAGUACACCGUUUCCAAAUAUCCAUUGAAACAUGUCCCAGACACAGCGCACGAGUCUCCUGAUGUCCAUGAACCGAGGGAAUCUGGAGUUGCUGAAGACAAAGAAUCUCAAACGAAACCUUCGAAGCGGAAGAGAGUGUCACCAGUACAAACUUCCAGUCGCCUCACUCGUUCAAUGUCAAGCGGACACAAGAAAUUCCAAGGAGAUCACAAAGUAAUGCGGAUUGUGCCAGGUCGCAGCCGGAAGCGAAAGCUCCUCGAUAGUGGUAGCGAUCAUGGAUCAGCAAGCUCUGGCGCUAGUACCGUCGCGAAACUUCUCCAAUUCACUAGUGCUAAUGGGUCACGGGCUUCUUCUAUCGUGUCCUCUGCUCCAAGUGAUUCAUCUUCAAUCCAGCAACCCCCGCCGCUCUUCCACACACAUGGUACUAUGCAUCACCGCCAUCGACCGCCACCUCUACCUUCUGUAUCAGUCCAGACUCACAAGGCCAAGACGGUAUCCCCAGAGCCGUCCCACAACCAUGAGCGCGAAAAGGAUUACUUUUCGGUUUCGGCUUUGUCACGUGCCCCCUCUUCCAACAUCCAGCGUCUUGCUGCGUUGACAAGUUCACCCGUCACUCGCUCUAACUGUCGAUUCCAUAAAAUUAGUUUACCUAAAGAGGAAGGUGGGCCAAGAGUAUGCUUCGUGGUACCCGGUUGCUCUCUUGGUGACAAGGAGCUGAUGGACGAGGAGGAGAUCCAAGAUCAUGGUCCCGCAACUUAUGAGGACUAUUCUCGCUUGGUGGGCAAUAUCGAGGCCUUAGACUUCAAUCCCUAUCUAGUCGGCAUCUUGCGGCAACUAGUCGGGGUGGACCUGAUUCGGGAAAAUGAGGUAUUCUUCCUGCCCCAACCCGGAGAGGAAGCACGUUACAAGAAGACCAGCCGAAAGUCGACCGCAGGAUUAAAGCAUGCUGCGUCCCUGUCACAGAGUGCUACCACCUCGCCACAAGUCUCAGUGGCGUCACGGCGUUCACCAGUGAUGUCGAUCUCGCGACCACCUGUUUCCACUGCAGGAUCAAUUGCGACAUCAUAUAGCUCGUCCUUAUCUGAGGCACAGCUAUCCAAGCACGCAUCUUCAUUAUUCUCGGCGUCAGGCGAAGAGUUGUCGGAUGAAGAAGGCAGUUCUCCCAAACUUAAACGUCGUCGAAAGGAAUCUAUUUCUGACAAAGAAACUCGUGUCAACGUAGAAGGGGACAAUGUCCCUUCGAAAGGUUCGCAACGAUCGACCCACAUCCUGAAAUGGAGACGGAGCAAACGCCAAGAUGUUGACUCGGCUGCAUACAAGCCUCAUGCAGAAAAUGUAGAGGGCUCUGAUAGCGGAGCAGACGGAAUAGGCAAGGAUCGCCGCAAGAUGAAAAUGAAACAACGGAACAAGCGAUCUCGUGCAGCAGAUGAAGAACAAGACUCGCAAUCCAAGAGACAGAAGCAGGUCCCCAAUGAAUGAAAGCAUUUCGGUAUCUUUAUGUUCAUAUUUUGUAAUCACCACCCAUCUAUCUUCAUUUGUAUCCAUAGUGCACUUCUGAGUAUCUCCGUCCAAUCGCAUGUUCAGAGCCGUUCAAUGACCUUCAGGGUGGAACGACUGCGGGACACAUGUCGGCCUCUGCUCACU